CGUGUGGUGUGUCUAGUUCUUUUUCCAGUUCUCCAUAUGGUCAGUAGGCCGCGAACGAGUCACAUCCAGUACUAAUGUAAAUCAUGAUGGACACAUAGUACUGUAUUUCUCUCAUCAUGAUUGCCUCAUAAGAAGGAAGGGAAUCAAGUAUUUGGUGCUGUCCGAAGCCUUUGAGUUUAAAUCGCGUUCUGGUUGGAUGAUCUGGAUGAUAUUCUUCGGUUUCUUCAUCGGUUCAUUGCUUGCCUUGAUUUUGGCUGGUGCGAUACUGUAUCUCGCUCGUCGUACUGUGUACACGGACUGGUAUCGUGGAAUGUACAAACGUUACGGCUGUGAUGCAUCUGGUGUUACUGGUGGUGUUACGGGUUCAGAGUUUGGUAAUACCACAACUGCUGGCGGUACGAUAGGUGGAACUACACUAGGUGGAAAUACAACAGGAGGACUUUCAGCUAUGGGCACAACAGGUGGUGGUACGACUAGUGGUGGAACGUCAACAAUGGGCACUACAUCUGGAACUUCUGCAGGCGACAUGGUUACUAUGUAG